UCGGGCUGCGUCCGGCGAUGGCGGCCGGGGGCCUGAGCCGCUCGGAGCGGAAGGCGGCCGAGAGGGACAAGAUCCUCAGGGAGGAGCAGCGGCGGGAGCGACUCCGACAGGUGUCGCGCAUCCUGAAGAAGGCGGCGUCGGAGCGGAGCGCGGAGGAGCGCCGCCUGCUGGCCGACUGCGACCCGCUGGUGAAGGAGCUGCAGGGCCGCCGCCGCCGCCGGGAGGGCCUCAAGAGGAGGCAGCAGGAGGUGUGCGACGACCCCGAGGAGCUGAGGAGGAAGGUCGGGGAGCUGGCCGAGGCCGUGCGGAGCGCCAAGCAUCUCAUCGUCUACACGGGCGCCGGGAUUAGCACGGCGGCCUCCAUUCCAGACUACCGGGGCCCUAAUGGCGUGUGGACGCUGCUUCAGAAGGGGAGGAACAUCAGGGCGGCGGAUCUGAGCGAGGCGGAGCCGACCCUCACCCACAUGUGCAUCGCCCGCCUGCACGAGCGGAAACUGGUGCAGCACGUGGUGUCUCAGAACUGUGAUGGACUCCACCUGCGAAGCGGCCUGCCCCGCACGGCCCUCUCGGAGCUCCAUGGGAACAUGUACAUCGAGGUGUGCGGGGCGUGCUCGCCGCCGCGGGACUACGUCCGGGUGUUCGACGUGACGGAGCGCACGGCCCUGCACCGGCACCACACGGGCCGGGCCUGCCACAAGUGCGGCGGCCCGCUGCGGGACAGCAUCGUCCACUUCGGCGAGCGCGGGGCCCCCGGCCCGCCCCUCAACUGGGAGGCCGCCACCGAGGCCGCCGCCCGCGCCGACGCCAUCCUCUGCCUGGGCUCCAGCCUCAAGGUCCUGAAGAAAUAUCCCCGGCUCUGGUGCAUGGCGAAGCCCCCCAGCCGGCGACCCAAGCUCUACAUCGUCAACUUACAGUGGACUCCGAAGGACGACCUGGCCGCCCUCAAGGUUCACGGGAAAUGCGACGACGUCAUGAGGCUACUGAUGGGCGACCUGGGCCUGGACAUCCCCCACUACAGCAGGUGGCAGGACCCCAUCUUCUCCCUGGCCACCCCGCUGCGGGCCGGCGAAGAGGGGACUCACAGCCGCAAAGCCCUGGUGGCCCCGCACGGCGAGGAGGAGGAGGAGGAAGAGGAGGCCGAGUCCGGAGAGCCGCCGCAAGAGCGCCCGGCCCCCAUCUUGGGGGGCUGGUUCGGCCGAGGCUGCGUCAAGAGGAAAAAGCCCUCUUAGCCCCAGUUUCGGGGGGCGGGGAGGGGCGGACGGACGGCGGGCACUUGGGGAAACCACUUCAGGAAACCUCCCGCGGCAUCAGGGAACGAGGGCGGCGGCGGCGGCGGCGGGAGGAGUUUUUCGGGCGGACGUUUUUCACCGGCUGAUCCGGGCCCUUUUCCACGACUCCGGGGAUCUCGGGGUCCGGACCCCGCCCCGCCUGCCCGGCGGGGACGCGGGUGCCCGUCCCCUCCCGGAAUCAUCGGAUUGCUCCGGGCGGGUCCGGACUGCAGCUGUUGGCGUUUCUACCGCCCGAUACGACGGACGGAGAACGUCGCUACCUUUCUAGAUGGCCUUUUUCUGUAUCGGGGACGGGGCGGGCGGCUCGGGGGGGCUUCGGUUUUGGAACCCUGUUAAAGCUCUGAUCAAACCCU